AUUAUUAUUAAAUUAUUAAAUUGUUAUUAUGUAUAUAUUAUUAUUAAAACAUAAUUUAGUUUUUUCAGGUACUUUUACUUCUGUAAUAGCAUCACGUGUACUUGAAUUAAGUGAUAGAUUUUUGGACAUUCAUAAAGAUGGACAAUGGCUUGUAAUGAUGUAUGCACCAUGGUGUGCACAUUGCAAAAGAUUAGAACCAAUUUGGGCUCAUGUAGCACAAUAUUUACAUGCAACAUCAAUACGAGUUGGACGAGUUGAUUGUACUAGAUUUACGAAUGUUGCUCAUGCUUUUAAAGUUAAAGGAUUUCCAACUAUUAUAUUUUUAAAAGGUGAGCAAGAAUUUAUAUAUAAUGGGGAUAGAACACGAGAUGAAAUAGUAAAAUUUGCAUUAAGAGUAAGUGGCCCGCCAGUUCAGGGAAUAACAAAAACUCAAAGUUUUGACACUAUUAAAAAGGAACAUGAUAUAUACUUUUUAUAUGUUGGAGAACGAUCUGGUCCAUUAUGGGAAUUUUAUCAUAAGACUGCAAAUGUGUUCCAACCACAUGCAUUUUUCUACCAAUCUCAUCCAAAUAUUGUUAGUAAACAUGCUCCUGUAGAAAAUAUUCCAGCAUUAUUUGUUUAUAAGGAGAAUAUACAUUAUAACUUCAGUGAUCAUAAUAUAGAUGAUAUAGAAAAAUUAAAUGAGACAAUGUAUAAAUGGAUAAAUGCAGAACGUUUUCCCACAUUCCCAAAAGUAACAAGAGGAAACAUAAAUCAACUUUUUUUGACAAAUAAAAAUUUGGUUUUGGCAGUAGUAGAAGAAAAUCAAUUAGAAAAAAUACCACCACAUAUGGCACGAUUUAAAGAUAUGGUAGAAUCUAUCAUUAAAAACAAACGAGAAAAAUAUCAUAAUUAUUUUCAGUUUGGUUGGAUAGCUAGUCCAGAUCUAGUCAAUAGUAUAGCAAUGAUGGUUUUACCAUUACCAAGUUUAAUUGUUAUUAAUACUACAACAAAUCAUCAUCACAUUCCGGAGGAUGAAACCGAAAAAUUGACUCCUCAUGUGAUAGAAUUGUUCCUAGAGCAAAUUCGAAAUGAAAGUGCUCCGCGGUAUGGUGGAAAUAGUUGGUUGAUACGUAUAUAUAGAUCAUGGUUUGAAUUAAAAACAACUCUUUCUGCAAUGUGGAUGGGUAAUCCCAUUCUAACAAUGGUCUUAUUUGGUUUACCAGCAGGAUUCUUGUCAUUAAUAUGUUAUGGUAUUUGUUGUCCGGAUAUUUUAGAUGCUGAUGACGAUGAAGAAGACCAUCCAGGAACAAAUCAUAUGAAGAAAGAUUAGAAUAAUUGGAUUAAUAUAUUGUUUAUAUUAAACAAUUGUAUAAAAUUGUAAAUUUUUAAUCUGUAAAUUUCAAUUUUAUUUAGGUAAUAUUUAUUAAUUUUAUUUAAAAAACUUUACAUAAUUGAUAUGAUUAUACCAUAAUUGGUAUUUUAUUUAUUAUUACAGUAAUUUAAUAUAUUAAUUUAAUUGAAUUACAUGAAUUAUUAAAAUGAUAAUUUCAUAAUUUUUUAUAAUUAGUAAAGUAAAACAAAUUUUAUGAAUAUACAAGAUAGUUCAUAAUAUAAAUAGAUCAGAAGAUUCUACGAAUUACGCACUAUCCUGUAUAUAUACAGAUAUAUACAGAAUGUUAAUAUAUUCGUAACAUACUUUUGGAAAGUUAAUUUUAGAAGAUCAAAACAAAAAUUAAAAUGCAAAAAUAUUAAUUUUUAUUAAUUUAUAAGCAAUUUAAGUUUUCAUUGAAGCGAAAACAGAAACAAUAAUGUAAAAAGUUAUAGAGCGAUUGCGUUUAACGCAAAUUUCAUUUUCUUAUAACUUAAUGAAUAAAUUGAUAUUUUUCAAUAAUAACUUAUAUAUUUGUUUUGGUUUCUAGAAUCGAUUUUCUAAAAAUGUUCCACUAAUAUAUUAGUAUCGUGUACACAUAAUGUAAAAAUAAAUUAUCUUAACUAAAUGAAACUUUCAUAAGACAAUACAAAUCAUAUGUAGAUAUAAAUAAGCUUUUUUAAACCUCGUAGAAAAAUUUAUUCUAUAUUA